GUUCACGCGUCCUCUCCUCUCCCCUUCCUAGAUCGAUCCAUCCGGCACGGCACGCAACCCCACCCGGCUAUGCUCCUCCCUCCGUCGCCGCCUCCAGUCCAGACAUGACCCGCGCUGCCCCAUGGCGCCCCGCGGCCGCACCCUCCUCCCGCUCGCCGCGGCCACCGUCCUCGUCGCUUCCACCAUCUUCCUCUUCGCCGCCGCCGGUGCGCGCUGGCGGCCCGCCGACACCGACCUCCCCGUCCCGCCACACGCCUUCCCCACGGCCGUCCCCGCGGCCGUGACCGCUUCUUCUUACUCCAACGCCACCGCCGGCAAGGAGCUCUCCUUUCUCGACGAGAACGGCCGCCCCGAUGACCCCUCCUCCGCCUCAGCAUCCAGCUCCACCUCCGGCGCCACCCCGGCCGCUGGUGUCGUCAGAUGUGACCCCCGCGACGCCGUCAGGGUAUUCAUGUACGACAUGCCGCCCGAGUUCCACUUCGGCCUCCUCGGCUGGUCGCCGCCGUCCCCUGACUCCGUCUGGCCAGACGUCACCGCCGCCUCCCCGCCGCCGCGCUACCCCGGGGGGCUCAACCAGCAGCACAGCGUGGAGUACUGGCUCACGCUCGACCUCCUCUCCUCCUCGCCCCCCUGCGGCCGUCACUCCGCAGUGCGGGUCUCCGAUUCCCGCGAUGCCGACCUCGUCUUCGUCCCCUUCUUCGCGUCCCUCAGCUACAAUCGCCACUACCGGCCCGUGCCGCCCGAGAAGGUCAGCAGGGACAGGGUCCUCCAGGAGAAGCUGGUGCGGUACCUCGCGGCGCGGCCGGAGUGGAGGAGGUACGGUGGUGCCGACCACGUCAUCGUCGCGCACCACCCCAACAGCUUGCUGCACGCCCGGGCGGUGCUGCACCCCGCCGUGUUCGUGCUGUCAGACUUCGGGAGGUACCCUCCGAGGGUAGCUAGCUUGGAGAAGGAUGUCAUUGCGCCCUACAAGCACAUGGCUAAGACGUACGCCAAUGACUCGGCCGGGUUCGAUGACCGGCCGACCCUGUUAUACUUCCGUGGAGCAAUUUACAGGAAGGAGGGAGGGAGCAUUCGACAGGAGCUAUAUUAUAUGCUCAAAGAAGAAAAGGAUGUUUACUUUUCCUUUGGAAGUGUCCAGGACCAUGGGGCCAGCAAAGCUAGCCAAGGAAUGCACUCAUCAAAAUUUUGCCUAAAUAUUGCUGGGGACACCCCUUCUUCCAAUCGUCUGUUUGAUGCGAUAGUUACCCACUGUGUCCCUGUUAUCAUCAGUGACGACAUUGAGCUACCUUAUGAGGAUGUGUUGGAUUAUUCAAAAUUCUCCAUCUUUGUCCGUUCGUCUGAUGCUGUUAAGAAAGGUUACCUGAUGAGACUGCUCAGUGGUGUAAGCAAGCAACAAUGGACAAAGAUGUGGGAUAGGCUCAAAGAGGUGGAUAAACAUUUUGAGUAUCAGUAUCCAUCACAGAAGGAUGAUGCAGUCCAGAUGAUCUGGCAAGCAUUGUCUAGAAAGGUGCCAUCAAUUAAGCUGAAGGUUCACAGAUCUAAUAGAUUUUCAAGAUCUAACAGAGGAAAAUAAACAGAAAGGGGUGUGUCUAUCUUGUCUCUAUUGGCUAAUCUAAUGUAACACAUUUCACUGACACAGGCUCUCAGCCUUUCCCAGUUGCACAAAAUAGAUAGAUUGUAAUACUCAGGUUAUCUUUAGGAAAGGUUUGUACCUUAAGAUUUGUUGGUUCAGUUGAAGCAUAUACUGUCAAGUCAAAGGUUGUUUUGUAAGGUAUGUUAAAUGUAAUCAUGAAAGAAAGACUUGGUUUUGCUGUUUCUGGAACAUUGUGGGAUGAAACCAUAUUCUUCUGUGGCGUAGCAGAUUUUAUUUUGCCUUUAA